AUGGUGGGUCAUUUUUUCUUUUUAUCAACCAAACACAAAUCAAUGAUAAAAAGUUUGGGGUCACGGUUUUUAUCAUUUUCUCACUGCUCGUUUUUUUUCAGGAAAAAAGUCGGAUCAAUUUGAAAAUGUCGUCGUAUGGUGCAAUUGGCGUUGAAGAAGAGUUUGUUUUGCAUUUUUAUUUUUUUUUUCUAGAAUUUUAUUUUUGAAAAAUAAUAAAAAAUUUGCAGUUUGGACCCGUUGUUGGAUGAGGUUCCGAUUCGAGCACCGGGACGUCCGAUUAGUCGAACGAGAGCUUUUUCGGCGUCGAGUUUGGUGAGGGUUUUGGGGGGAAGCGGGGGGUUUAGGCUUGAAAAAUCGGUGCCUUAAUUUUGAGAAGCCUAAAUUUUUGAAAAGCCUAAAUUUUGGCCAGGCCUAAAUUAAAAUCCUAAUCAGCCUAAAAUGUUUGUGCAAAAUCUGAAAUCUGAGGUGCCUAAAUUCUGAAAAGCAUAAGUUUUGAAGAGCCUAAAUUUUGACGAGCCUAAACCUACAUUUGAAAAAUCCUAAUUUCUAACGAGCCUAAAUUUUGACGAGCCUAAACCUACAUUUGAAAAAUCCUAAUUUCUGUCGAGCCUAAAUUUUUGCCAGGCCUUAAUUUGGCCAGGCCUAAAUUUGAGUCUUAAUCAGCCUAAAAUGUUUGCAAGAUCUGAAUUUUGACAAGUCUAAAUUUAGAAAAGCCUGAUUUCUGAGGAGCCUUAAUUUUGACCAGCCUGAAUUUGGACAAGCCUAAAUUUUGAAGAGCAUCAGUUUUGACGAGCCUAAAUUUUUGCCAGGCCUAAAUUUCGACACUCCUCAAGGACCUAAAAACCGGACCUAAAUUUAACCUGGCUUCAGUUUUUACAAACCUAACUUUCCUGGAUUUUCCGAGCCUAAAUCCAGGCCUGAAAGCCUGAAUUUUGAAAAAUCUAAGUUUUGAUAAGCCUGAUUUUUUGCCAUGCCUAAAUUUUGACGAGCCUGAAUUUCGACAAUCCUCAAAUUUGGAAAACCUAAUGUGUGACGAGCCUAAGAUUUAUUAAAACAUGAAAUUUUUAAAGUUUUCCGAGCAUAAAACCUAAUUUUUUAGAGAUUUAACCUGGCCUAAAAUUUGAACAACAAAUUCUGAAGAGCCUGAAUUUGGGCCCAAAUUAAAAACCACAAAUCCCAAACCCCAAAAAUUUCAGGGCCGCGCAUCUCCUUCCAGACAACCCUAUUUAUUCUCCGGCGGAAUCGGCCUCCGAGAAGAAAGUCUUCUCUCAUUACAUUCCGAAGAUGAUUUGCACAGAGAGCACAACAAUGCACUUCGAUAUCGAUUGUAUAAUCGACUCGAUCCCGGUGGCGAAACCCUAGUUAUGCCAAAUCACGUAUUUCCAUCGGGCCUUUUCAGUAUUCUACCAUUCGAAGAAUUGAAAGAUAAUUCGGGAAAGCAAGGAAGUAUUGUGACGAUGUAAGUGGCUCUUGCUCUAUUUGUGCAAAAAGUUUUUGUUUUUUUUUAGAUUCUCAAUUUGGAAUACAAUGAUGGGCACUUCAUUAUUGGCAAUGCCUUGGGCUCUACAACAGGCUGGUUUAGUUGGAGGAAUUGUGAUAAUGUUGGCAUUGGCUGGGUUAUGUUUCUAUACAGCGUAUAUUGUUAUUGAGAGUCCGAAGAGGAUGCAUCUUUCGGCUGCGGAUAUUCAGACUGCUGAGUUUAGCGAUGUUUGUAGAGAGUAUUUGGGAAAAACAGGUGGGUUUUUGAGUUAUGACGUGGCAAAUUUUGAAAUUCUCUAAUUUUUACGCUUUAAUUGAAUUCUAGAAUUCAUGAAUCUUCAAAUCAACACUUUAAAUCUUGAUGAAAUUUUGUCCACAGCUUUUGGGAGCCAAGUUAUAGGCUCUGAAAAGUUCAAAAAUUGGCUCAUAAAACACAGACCUGGAAAUUUUUACGUUCACGUUUUUAAGUUUUGCGGUUUUUACGGGAUUUCACCGUAAAACCCAUUUUACGGCUCAAAAAAUCGUUAAAUAUUUCGUUAAAAAAUCACUUAAUAUAGUGAAUUUUGACAGAAUAAAUGUAAAACUUUAAAGAAAACACAGAUUUUUUCAAACAAAAUUUUAAUAAAAAUUAUUUUUUGAUGGAUAUGAGGAAUGAAAUUGUUUAAAUUAUGUUGGAGUUACGCUAAGUUACCAACUUCCAAUUUUUAAAUAAUAUUUGUUGAUGUAUUCAGGGAAAAGGUUGAGUAAAAAAUUUUUUACGAAUUUUACGGGGUUUCACGGUUUUUAAACCAGUAAAAUUCUCUUUUUUCGUUUUACGGUGCCACGUAAAAAAUUCCCAGGUCUGAAACACAUCAUAACUCAAUUUCCGAUAAUUUUUAUCAAAAACUGAUCAUCAGUGUGGUCGAUUUACCAAAAAAACAUCGAAUUUUCAGAAAAAAUUUUGAUUUUGGAAAAAAAAAAUGAUUUCUCCCAAACAUUAUUUUGAAAUGGAGUUAUGAUUUUUUUUUCAAAAAUAAAAUAUUUUUUCUGAAAAUUCGAUUUAUUUUAGGUAAAUCGGCCACGCUGAUGAUCAGUUUUUGAUAAAAAUGAUCGGAAGUUGAGUUAUGAUAACUUUUAUGAGCCAAUUUUUGAACUUCUGAGAGCCCAGAACCUGGCUCAGAGGUCCUAAAAUGUUUAGGAUGUUUUUAUGACCCCAAAAGCUGUCUAUGGACAAAAUUUUCAUUUACGCUUCAAAUUCAGUCGAGAAUUUUAUUCACAAAUAGAUUUCAAAAUUUUUGCCACGAGAUUGCUCAUAUUAAACUUGAGCUAAACUCAAUUUUUUCCAGGUGAAAUGUUGGCGGUUGUGUUCAGUAUAAUUGUGCUGAUCGGCGGAGUUAUCGUAUAUUGGGUUCUCAUGUCAAAUUUCUUGUAUUAUACCGGAGCUGUGGUUUAUGAAGCAUUGCAGCCAAAUAGUACGACUAUACCGGUUAUGGAGAAUAAAACUUUUACGUGUGAUGGUGAGGGUUUUGGGGGAUAAUAUGAGCAAUGGGAUAAAAACUAUGUUUUUUCUUCAAUUACAAAACUUUUGGUUAAAAUUCAAAAAUCUUUUCAUAAAAUUUUAAUUUAAAAAUUACCUACCUUUUGCCGAAUUCAUUUUUCGUUUAAAAAAAUCAAAAAAAUUCUCGAAUUUUCCAACGUGGCCAUCAUUUCUACCUGAAUUUUCGCCCAAAAAUCCAUUUCAUCUUUCAGUUUAUUGUCCCGAAGAAGCAAUGUGGACAAAACCCCCCAAAGAUCCAUUUUUCGAUCAAGACGAAUGGAACUUCGAUAAAUUCUGGACACUCCAAGGAACUGUUCCGAUUUACCUGGCUUUCGCACUUUUCCCAUUGAUGAACUUCAAAUCUCCAACUUUUUUCACCAAAUUCAAUGUUUUGGGAACGGUUUCAGUGAUGUAUUUGUUGAUUUUUGUGUUUUCGAAAUUGUUGGAAUGCGGUGUAAAUAUGGAUUUUAAUAAUCCCAAAAGUAUUCAUUAUGUGCAAUGUGAGUUAAUCCCUUUUUUUGCGUUUUAACUUUAAAAACUUUAAAAAAUAAGGUUUUUUCAGUAUUUAAUUGGCAUUUUCCUGCGCUAAGUGGAACUUUAACUCUCUCCUAUUUCAUUCACAAUGCAGUUCUAACGAUUUUGCGGAAUCAGAAAAAGCCGGAAAAUAAUGCGAGAGAUUUAUCGAUUGGCUAUUCGUUGGUCGCGUUUUGCUAUGUUUUCAUUGGAUUCACGUUUUUUGCCGCUUUUCCGGUUCAAAGGAGUUGUAUUAGUGAUGUGAGAGGAUUUGGGGGGGGGAGGGAAUUUGAAAAUUUUGAAAAAAAUUGGAUUUUUCACAUUGAAAUUCAGAUAUUUUCAAAAAAUCUUAAAUAAUUAGUUUUUUUUUGACUGAAAUUCGAAAAAUAUAAUGGAGUGAUUAAAGUCGAAAAAAAAAUUAUUAAAUAAAUUUUUUUUUACAAAAAUUUUGAUUGAGAAAAUAAUAAAAACAUAUUUUUUGACAACUUAUUUUCGAAAUUUUUUUUUUCACACAAAAGUGAAAAAUAUCUCGCACCGAAAAUGUUUCAAUAAAAAAAUGUCAAAAAAUAGGAAAAAAAUAUCGUUUUUUGACAUUUUCUGAAUCGAAAUUUUUUGUAAAAAAAAAUAUUUUUAUUUUUUUUUUUCGACUUGAAUGAAAUUCAGAUAAAAAUCAAAAAUUUUCAGUUCAACUUUUCAAAAAACAUUUAUUUUUCGAAUUUCAGUCAGAAAAAUCCUAAUGAUUUUUUUCAACUGACUUUAAUUAGCCUAAAUUUGAACCAAAAUUUUCCUGUACGCAAAAGUGCGUCGCAGUGUUUGCACACACCAAGGCAAUUUGAAAUUUUCAAGAUUUUCUCAGAGUUUUUUUCCUGAUUCCUUCCAUAUUCAACUAUUUUUGACACUAAUCCUCUCCAAAAAUCCAAUUUUCCCCCUCCAGAAUUUCCUCAACAAUUUUGGCGCCGGCGAUGUUUUAUCAAGCACAGCUCGAUUAUUUUUGCUCUUCCAAAUGAUCACCGUCCUCCCAUUGCUCAUGUUUCUCGUCAGAUCGCAAUUAUUCUACGCGAUUUCCAAAAACACUUGGCCUGGGUAUGUUUUGCACUUUGAUCGAUUUGAUUUGCUAUCUAUCAAUGAUAAUCAACAUUAUUGUUACACAUCAUAUUUUUUUCCGGUUUUCAUUUGAUUCGAAAAGGUGUUUUUCAGAAUUUUGAAAGUCAUUUUGCUCAAUGUUUUGCUUAUCGCAAUUGCUGUUUUGUUUGCCUCAUUUUAUCCAAAUGUUGGAAGUAUUUUAAGGUAAUUUUUUUGGGGAAAAAGUGAUUUGGGUUCCUGUUAAAAAGUUGCGAAAAUCUAGAAUUUUCUAAAAAAAAUUUUCUGGGGACAGGAAUUUAUAUGGCUAAAAAAACUUCGUCAAUCGCGUGCGGCUGUGCGUCGCAGUCGGGAUCAAGUUCUUGAUUUUUCCCCGACCGCGACGCACAGCCGCACGCGACUGAUUUUUAUUUUUAAUUGUGGUCUGGCCCAGAGCCCGGGCCUUUAAGCCUAUCCAUAAUUUUUCCUGUUUUGUUUUUUUUUCAAAUUUUAUGGUUAAAAAUGCCCUUUGAAACCUUUUUCAGCUGAUUUUGAAACAAAAAAUAUUGAUAAAAAAUAUUAUUUUGUGGGCUGGAAAUUUUUGAAGAAUAAUUGAAAAAAAUAAUAAAAAAAAACAUUUUUUUUACAAAAAAUUUCGAUUCAGGAAUGUCAAAAAAAAAUUUUUUUUCUUAUUUUUGACAUUUUUUUUUUGAAAAAUAUCUCGCAGCGAAAAUUUUUUAAUGUCAAAAAAUAGGAAAAAAUAUAGUUUUUUGACAUUUUCUGAAUCGAUAUUUAAUGGGGUGAUUCAGGUAGAAAAAAAUUUAAAAAAAACAUUUUUUACAAAAAAUUUCGAUUCAGCAAAUGCCAAAAAAAAAUUUUUUUUUUCUUAUUUUUGACAUUUUUUUUUGAAAAAUAUCUCGCAGCGAAAAUUUUUUAAUGUCAAAAAAUAGGAAAAAAUAUAGUUUUUUGACAUUUUCUGAAUCGAUAUUUAAUGGGGUGAUUCAGGUAGAAAAAAAUUUUAAAAAAACAUUUUUUACAAAAAAUUUCGAUUCAGCAAAUGCCAAAAAAAAUUUUUUUUUUUCUUAUUUUUGACAUUUUUUUUUUGAAAAAUAUCUCACAGCGAAAAUUUUUCAAUGAACUUUUCAAAAAAUAGGAAAAAUAGAUAGUUUUUGACCGAAAUUUGAAAAAAAAUGUUAUUUUUUUCGACCUGAACAUAAAAUUUUCCAGAUACGUUGGUUCAAUAUCGGGUCUAAUUUAUGUGUUCGCCCUUCCCUCAUUAGUUUACAUUCGCCAAAAUCAAGCACUUGGCACCCUAACACCGUUCAAAAAAUAUGCACAUUACGCCAUUAUUCUAGUCGGGCUCCUCAAUCUCAUAUCUCAAUUUGUUAUUUAGAACUUAUCUGAACUUUGCCAUUUGAAUUGAAAUUAUCUGUAUUUUUUGUACUAACACAUUAUAAAUGUUUUUUUGAUUAUUAAUUUUUUCUUUGAAAUUAUUGAUUUAUUCUAGGUUUUUCUUCCUUUCUUUUUGUCUUUUCAAAUUUUUGUUAAAUCUCUAAAAAAAAUUUAUGAUUCAGAAAGAAAUGACGCGAGUUAUGCCAAGUAUGCGAAAAUUGAGCACUUAUGUAGAUCGUGUCAAAUUAUUGGAUUAUUGGACAGUUCAAGAUUCAUCACUUCAAAAGUGAGGUUUUCCUGAAAACUUAUCGAAAAAUUUUUUUUUUUAGUGAAUUCCCAAGAUCUACACUGGUUCUAAUGGUUGAUCGACAAUUGUUGGUUUCGAAGGGAAAAAGUGUGACAAUGAUUGAAUAUAGUUAUACAGGUGGGUUUUGGGCGAUUUUUUGGAAUAUUUUUAAAUCACAAAAAACUUAAGUUUAAAGUUAAGUAAAAUUAAAUUUAAAAAAAAACAAAAAAAAAUAGAUUUUCACGUGAAAAAAAUUAAAAUUCGAAAAAAAAAUAAAAUUUACACGUUAACUCUUUUUUAUUUCGAUCAUUAUUUUUAUUUGAAACCGGUCGUAAAUUUUUGAAAUCAGUCAGGUUGGUUUUUACAUCUGAAAUUCUAGAUUUUACUCGAGUACCUAUGACGUGGCAGACCCAUAUAGUAUAAUUUAAUACUCCUAAAAUUUUCCCGAAUUUUUUGAGACCAGACACAUUUUUAUUGGUGGGAAAAAUUGUAGAUAAAAUUUUUUCGAGGUUUUCAGCCAAAAAUGAUGACAAAUCGCGAUUUUUGAAGCUUUUGGAGUGAUUUCUGAUGAAAAUAUAUCCAUUUUAUUCUGAAAAGUGAAUUCGAAAGUCAAUUUUCAUCAGAAGCUUCAAAAUUCUAGAUUUGUCAUCAUUUUUGGCUGAAAAACCUUGAAAAACUAAUUUUUUUUGACUUUUAAUUGAUCUUUCAAUGUUAAAAAAAAACCAUUUUUUUAAAAUUUUUUUUUGAUUUUUGCAGAUUUGAAAAAGAAGUUGGGAGAAUACGGAGUGGAUUUCGAUAUUUCCAAAUCUUGUCUUCUUGAUGCGAUUCCGGGAGAAAUUGAUAUGGUAAGCUUCAUCUCCAGAAACAUCCACAAAAAAUAUCAAUUCUAGACUCCACUCUUCGGAGUUGCCACCAAAACGGCAACCCUCCCAGAAGACAGUCCCAUCUCAAAAACACAAGUUUUGAAGCAAUUAGCCGAUAGUUUUGGUGGAAGAUUUAUCGAUAUUCGAACUGCAAUGUUGACAAUGGAUCAAGAACGCCAAAGACAUUUGUUGGCAAAAUUCCAAGUGCUCACAAAAUGGUCGUCGACUUAUAGAAGGUGUCCGAAAUGUGCGGCGGCACUGAAAAUGCGAGUUAGCAAAAGUGGAGCCGAAUGUUUGCAGUGUGAGAAGACGUAUUAUCCGACGGUUAGUUCUUUGGUUUGGAAGGGGGGGGGGUUCAAAUUAACAUGAUGUGUCCUUGAAAUUUGAAAACUGGGAAACGAGAUUUUAUGAUAAUAUCUCUGAAGAUUAUCAUAAGACAUGUGAUAUUGAAGUCGAAAUUAUUUAAAAAAAGAGGGAGGGGGGUAUGAAAGACAGAAAUUUGAGCUGUGAGGUUCGGGUAACUCCUUUUUACCUAUUCAGAACCUUAAAUUACAGCUCACAAUGAGAAAUGUUUGCUAUUUUUGCUGAAAUAUCCUUAUUUCUGAUAUUGGUCAGCUAAACUCAACUCUAGAAUUUUCAUGAAGACGUUUUUUCACAUUUUCAGAAUUUCAAAAAAUCUCAGAUCUUUGUAUAAGACAUUGUGAUAGCUAGAUAGAUUCAGGGUUUUUCCGGAAUCAUACAAAAAUAGGUUUUUUUUCUUUUUCCCGAGCCAGUUUUUUCAGUUAGGAUCCCUCUUUUAAAAAUUUCCAAAGUUAAACCCCUUUCCUCACAUUUUGAGCAAAUUUCGGACAAAUCUGGGAGAUCUGGUCAAUUUUCACCAGAAAAUUGGCCAAGUUAGGCACCCUUCCCUUUAGAUUUUUGAAAAAAGUUAAACCCUAACCCCGAUUCUGGGGACCGGACCGGAAUCCAUCUUGGGAAAGCCCCUGCUACUAAAACUCAGAAAAUAAUCCUUACCCUUUAACAACUAUGCAUGUCUAAUAAUAUUUCACCACGUGUUACCUAUCUAAUGCAUUAUUCAAUGUGCAUGUAUCGUAUUUCAAUUUGUUUUUUGUUUGUCUUUUCGUUUUUUUUUCAAUUUUCUCUCUCACUCAUCUCACCAGGCACUUUACAGUUUUCACCAGUCACAAUUACAAUUGUCACGGAUCCAACUUUCGAGAACAUACUCCUUGCUCGUCAUAAAAAUUCACCCGGCGGUGUUUUUACGGCGAUUGCUGGUUUUGCGCAGGUAAACACUUUCAAAAUAGACUUUGAACUCAGAAAGUUCAAUUUUCAGCCAGGCGAAAAUCUAGUGGAUUGUGUUCGUCGCGAAGUUGCGGAAGAAAUUGGAAUCGAAGUGAAUGAUGUGAAAUCGUUGAAUAUGUCACAACCUUGGCCAAUGCCUGAUUCUUCACUGAUGAUUGCUCAUAUUGCAAUCGCAGAUAUGAAUCAAUCGGUUAGUUGUUUUCCCUUCUCUUUAUUUGACCAGAGGAGUUGAACAACACGUGUACUUUUGGCUGUUUGCACAGUGAUGUAUGCGUUUGACCAAAUUAACAAGAAUUUUUUGUUUUAGAUCGAUAUUUGCCCCGAGGAAAUUCAAACUGCUAAAUGGUUUACCAGAGAAGAAGUGAGAGCUGCACUCGAGACAACAUUAGCUGACCCAUUUUUAAAGGUACUAUCUAUUUUCACCCCCAGGCUUCAUCUCUAAAAAUAUUUUUCCAUAGAACUUAUCGAAAGUCCAAAAUGACCCCGAUGCACUUCAUUAUAUCCCGCCAACUGGUGCCAUUGCUCAUCAUAUGAUUGCCGAUUGGGUGCUCAAUAAACCUUCUAAAUUGUAG